GGCGCUGUCCUCGCCGGCCGUCCGCGCCGCUCCCUGGAGCUCGGCGGAGCGUGGCAGUCAGGGCCAGCGGAGGCUCGGGGAGCCGGACGCCGGCGCGGCCGGGGCCAUGACCGUGGAGCAGAACGUGCUGCAGCAGAGCGCGGCGCAGAAGCACCAGCAGACGUUUCUGAAUCAGCUACGAGAAAUAACGGGGAUUAAUGAUGCCCAGAUUCUACAGCAAGCCUUGAAGGAUAGUAAUGGAAACUUGGAGCUAGCAGUGGCUUUCCUUACUGCAAAGAAUGCCAAGACCCCUCAGCAGGAGGAAACAACUUACUACCAAACAGCGCUUCCUGGCAAUGAUAGAUACAUCAGUGUGGGCAGCCAAGCAGAUACAAAUGUGAUUGAUCUUACUGGAGAUGAUAAAGAUGAUCUUCAGAGAGCAAUUGCCUUGAGUUUGGCGGAAUCAAACAGGGCAUUCAGGGAGACUGGAAUAACUGAUGAGGAGCAAGCCAUUAGCAGAGUUCUUGAGGCCAGCAUAGCGGAAAAUAAAGCAUGUUUGAAGAGGACACCAACUGAAGUUUGGAGAGAUUCUCGAAACCCUUACGAUAGAAAAAGGCAGGACAAAGCUCCUGUUGGACUAAAGAAUGUUGGCAAUACUUGCUGGUUUAGUGCUGUUAUUCAGUCAUUAUUCAAUCUUUUGGAAUUCAGAAGAUUAGUUCUGAAUUACAAGCCUCCAUCAAAUGUUCAAGAUUUACCCCGAAACCAAAAGGAGCAUCGGAAUUUGCCUUUUAUGCGUGAGCUUCGAUAUCUUUUUGCACUUCUUGUUGGUACUAAAAGGAAAUAUGUUGAUCCAUCAAGAGCAGUUGAGAUUCUUAAAGAUGCUUUCAAAUCAAAUGACUCCCAGCAGCAAGAUGUGAGUGAGUUUACACACAAGUUAUUAGAUUGGUUAGAAGAUGCCUUCCAAAUGAAAGCUGAAGAAGAGACGGAUGAAGACAAGCCAAAGAACCCCAUGGUAGAGUUGUUCUAUGGAAGAUUCCUAGCUGUGGGAGUGCUUGAAGGUAAAAAGUUUGAAAAUACUGAAAUGUUUGGUCAGUACCCACUUCAGGUCAAUGGAUUCAAAGAUCUACAUGAAUGCCUAGAAGCUGCUAUGAUUGAAGGAGAAAUUGAGUCCUUGCAUUCAGAAAAUUCAGGAAAAUCCGGUCAAGAGCAUUGGUUUACAGAACUACCGCCUGUAUUAACCUUUGAAUUGUCAAGAUUUGAAUUUAAUCAGGCACUGGGAAGACCAGAAAAAAUUCACAAUAAAUUAGAAUUUCCUCAAGUUUUAUAUCUGGACAGAUACAUGCAUAGAAACAGAGAAAUAACAAGAAUUAAGAGGGAAGAGAUCAAGAGACUAAAAGAUUACCUCACAGUAUUACAACAAAGACUUGAAAGAUACUUAAGUUAUGGCUCGGGUCCCAAACGCUUCCCCUUGGUGGACGUUCUGCAGUAUGCCCUGGAAUUUGCCUCAAGUAAACCUGUUUGCACUUCUCCUGUUGAUGAUAUUGAUGCUAGUUCCCCAUCUAGUGGAUCUGUACCAUCACAGACAUUACCAAGCACAACAGACCAACAGGGAGCUCCUUCUUCAGAACUGCCAAGCACGUCACCCGCGUCAAUAGCUGCCAUUUCAUCAAGAUCAGUAAUACACAAACCAUUCACGCAGUCUCGGAUACCUCCAGACUUGCCCAUGCAUCCGGCACCAAGGCACAUAACAGAAGAAGAACUCUCUGUGCUAGAAAGCUGUUUACAUCGCUGGAGGACAGAAAUAGAAAAUGACACCAGAGAUUUACAGGAAAGCAUAUCUAGAAUCCAUCGCACAAUUGAGCUAAUGUAUUCUGACAAAUCUAUGAUCCAAGUUCCUUAUCGUUUACAUGCUGUUUUAGUUCAUGAAGGUCAAGCUAAUGCCGGACACUACUGGGCAUACAUUUUUGAUCACCGUGAGAGCAGGUGGAUGAAGUACAAUGAUAUUGCUGUAACAAAAUCGUCCUGGGAAGAGCUAGUGAGGGACUCUUUCGGUGGUUACAGAAAUGCCAGUGCAUACUGUUUAAUGUACAUAAAUGACAAACCACAGUUCUUAAUACAAGAGGAGUUUAAUAAAGAAACUGGGCAGGCCCUUGUUGGAAUAGAAACACUACCCCCCGACUUAAGAGAUUUUGUUGAGGAAGACAACCAGCGAUUUGAGAAAGAACUAGAAGAAUGGGAUGCACAACUUGCUCAGAAAGCCUUACAGGAAAAACUUCUAGCAUCUCAGAAAUUGAGAGAGUCCGAGUCUUCUGUGACAACAGCACAAGCAGGAGAACCAGAAUAUCUAGAGCAGCCAUCAAGAAGUGAUUUCUCAAAGCACUUGAAAGAAGAAACCAUUCGAAUAAUUACCAAGGCAUCACAUGAGCAUGAAGAUAAAAGUCCUGAAACAGUUUUGCAGUCGAAACCUGAAAAUACCACAAGCCAGCCACCUUCUAACCAGCAAGUUGUAGAGGUGGAGAUUCCUCAUGUAGGGAAAUUUAUGAUUGAGUCAAAGGAGGGGGGUUAUGAUGAUGAGAUCAUGAUGACACCGAACAUGCAAGGUAUUAUCAUGGCCAUAGGUAAAUCCCGGAGUGUGUAUGACAGGUGUGGCCCUGAAGCAGGGUUCUUUAAGGCAAUUAAGUUGGAAUAUUCAAGGUUGGUUAAAUUGGCCCAAGAAGAUACCCCACCAGAAACAGACUAUCGUUUACAUCAUGUAAUAGUCUACUUUAUCCAGAAUCAGGCUCCAAAGAAAAUCAUUGAGAAAACAUUGCUAGAACAAUUUGCAGAUAGAAAUUUGAGUUUUGAUGAAAGGUGUCACAACAUAAUGAAAGUUGCUCAAGCCAAAAUUGAAAUGAUAAAACCUGAAGAAGUAAACAUGGAGGAGUAUGAGGAGUGGCAUCAGGAUUAUAGAAAAUUCAGGGAAACAACCAUGUAUCUCAUUAUUGGGCUAGAAAAUUUUCAAAGAGAAAGUUAUAUAGAUUCCUUGCUAUUCCUUAUCUGUGCUUAUCAGAAUAACAAAGAACUGUUGUCCAAAGGCCCAUACAGAGGACAUGAUGAAGAAUUGAUAUCACAUUAUAGAAGAGAAUGUUUACUAAAAUUAAAUGAGCAAGCUGCAGAACUGUUUGAAUCUGGAGAGGAUAGAGAAGUAAACAAUGGCCUGAUUAUCAUGAAUGAAUUUAUUGUCCCAUUUUUGCCCCUGUUAUUGGUGGAUGAAAUGGAAGAGAAAGACAUACUUGCUGUGGAAGAUAUGAGAAAUCGAUGGUGUUCGUAUCUUGGACAAGAAAUGGAAUCAAACCUCCAAGAGAAGCUGACAGAUUUUCUGCCAAAGCUGCUCGAUUGUUCUACGGAGAUUAAAGGUUUCCAUGAGCCACCGAAGUUACCUCCGUACUCCACACAUGAACUCUGUGAGCGAUUUGCCCGCAUCAUGCUGUCCCUCAGUCGGACUCCUGCUGACGGAAGAUAAACUGCACACACUCCCCUGAACACACCGUGUAAACGUUUUCAGUUCUGAGCCUUUGCCUUCCUGUCACGGGGUUUGCUUGUUGCUGCUAUAAUUUUUAACUUUUAUUUUAAUAACUGCAAAAGACAAAUUGACUCUACAGACUUUAGCCAGACUGCAGACAGUAAAGCAGAGAAUCGCAUGGCGCUCAGACUGUGUUUUAACCAGAGCUGAUGUAUGAUUACCAAUCCGACUGAUUUUAUUAUGGCAAGGCCAUGCUUUUGCCACUUUUCUGUUACAGUGUUACUUUGCUUUUAUCUUUUCUUGAUCUGCAGCUUUCCAUUCAGUCUGGAUCCUCCGUGACUAUAGCCAUUUAAGUGUUCAGCACUGUGUACAAUACAUAAUAUUUGGUAGCUUGUAAAUGAAAUUAAAGAAUAAAGUUUUAUUUAUGGCUACCUA